AUGCCCACUCCAGAGUCCGAAGCGUUUCUCGCGAAGAAGCCGAAGGUGCCUCCGACGUUCCAAGGGGUGGACUUUUCAGACAACCAGGCUGUCACGGACGCCAGAGAUGCUAUUGUUCGAGAACAAUGGGUUCAGCAGAUGAUGCAAAGAUUAGUAGGCGAGGAGAUGGGGAAAUGCUACAAGCGAGAAGGAGUUAAUCACUUGGAGAAAUGCGGAAAGUACAGAGAACGAUACCUGCAACUUUUAAAAGGAAACAAAGAGAAAGGUUACAGAGGACGACAACAAAACUACGUUCCUGGUGUCGACGGACCGGCCGGCGGACCCGAAAUCCAAACAACUUACCCGACCGCACAACAAGCCAAGGGCGCAAAGGGUUCGGAUUACAGGCCAGGAAACACCACCGGCAACGGUGGAGAUGUGUUAUAUUGA